CUCUCUGCUCCUUCCCUGAACAAAAUGCUUCGCGCACCCUCCUCGCGGGAGCUCGUUCUUGGCUUUCGUCGCUCCUUACAUACAUCACAAGGAAAUGUAGAUCUUCCCCCGUUCCUACCAACAACAGCGCCAAUGCACUGGCUCUCUGAAAAUGAACUUAGGCAAUACAUCCCUCCUCUGAUGCGCGUAGGUUGGUGCCUAAGAUGGUCUACCAAGCUCAAAUCCUGUGAACUCUCUUCGGAGUUUCCCAUUGCCGGAUACAAGACCGCUAUGCGAUUCAUGAAUGACAUCUACAAUUGCCGCAAACGUCUUAGCAUCUCCGUUCAGACGCACAGCGCGCUUUCACCGCCGAUUUUUCUCCCGGGGAAAGCUGAGAGUGAGGGUGUACCGUAUAAGUAUCCUGGAAUUACGCUUCGUGAUGUGCGUUUCGCGAUGCUCGUUCAAAAACACUAUGCGGAGAACUAUCAGCCAAAGCCUCGGAAACCGCGCGAUGUUCCCGAAGCUCCGGAAGUAUUGACUGAUGGAUCACUUUUGAGGGGUAUCUUGGAGCGUGCGGGUAUUCCUUACGCUACGGACUAAGCAAAGGCUCAGUACUCAAGUCGCCGCUUGGGACGUCUCUACCUAUGGAGGGGUAUUUCCUGUACUCUCUUAUUGUAGAACCCAAGGAAAUCAGAUGAUAAUAAU